CCCUGUCUGCGCUCUGAUUGGCUGAGCUGUGUGACAGUCAGGUCAACGUCUCAGAGGGAAUUUUUAAAAUCGAGAAGCGGCUUCGGAGUUCAGCGACACAAACAAUGCAGCGUUCCGGCAAAGGGAAGACUCCUCGGAGGCCUGGCCCCAAGAAGGCAGCCAACAUAGAUAAAGAUCCUGUAGGGGUAUACUGCCGUAUCCGCCCACUUGGAGGAGAAGAUGAGGAGUGUUGUGUUGAGAUGAUCAGCAGCUCCACCAUUCAGCUGCAUGCUCCCGAUGGCCUCAAAGCCAACCGCAAUGGGGAAUACAAGGAGACGCAGUACUCCUUCAAGAAAGUAUUUGGCAUUAAUACCUCUCAAAUUGAGCUGUUUGAGGACAUUGCCAAGCCCCUAGUAGAGGACCUUAUUCAUUGUAAAAAUGGUCUGCUGUUUACAUACGGUGUUACUGGAAGCGGUAAGACCUUCACCAUGACCGGCUCACCUGGUGAAGGUGGACUCCUGCCCCGCUCUCUGGACAUGCUCUUCAACAGCAUCGGUCCCUUUCAGGCCAAAAGAUUUGUGUUUAAACCAGAUGACAAGAAUGGGUUGGAGAUUCAGAGUCAAGUCGACGCUCUCCUGGAGAGACAGAAGCGAGACAGUCAGCAAUCUGUGCCAAAAACUCCCUCCUCCAGGCAGAAGGCUGAUCCAGAGUUUGCAGAUAUGAUCAGCUCAGAGGAAGCCUGUAAAUCUGAGAGCGUCGAUGAUGACUGUUGUUACAGCGUGUUUGUGUCCUACAUCGAGAUCUACAACAACUAUAUUUAUGAUCUGCUUGAAGAGGCUCCAUAUGACCCGAUCCGACCAAAGUGGCUCGGUGGAGGCACGCCCGCACGGAGCAAUGAGUUUGUACCGCCUCAAUCCAAGAUUCUGCGUGAAGAUCAGAAUCAUAACAUGUAUGUCGCUGGUUGUACAGAAGUCGAGGUGAAAUCAACAGAGGAGGCGUUUGAAGUUUUUUGGAAGGGGCAAAAGAAGAGGAGGAUCGCCAACACUCAGCUCAAUCGUGAAUCCAGUCGCUCCCACAGUGUGUUCACAGUGAAGCUAGCACAAGCUCCUCUUGAUGCUGAUGGGGAUCACAUCCUGCAGGACAAAAACCAGGUGAAUGUGAGCCAGCUGUGUCUGGUUGACCUGGCAGGCAGCGAGCGAACCAGCAGAACCAGAGCUGAAGGAAGCCGCCUUCGGGAAGCAGGUAAUAUCAACCAGUCCCUGAUGACUCUGCGCACAUGUAUAGAAGUGCUACGUGAAAACCAGAUGUGUGGAACUAAUAAGAUGGUGCCAUACAGGGACUCUAAAGUUACGCAUCUUUUUAAAAACUACUUUGACGGCGAAGGAAAAGUCAGGAUGAUCGUUUGUGUCAACCCAAAGGCCGACGAUUAUGAAGAAACUAUGCUGGUGAUGCGCUUUGCUGAGAUGACCCAGGAGGUGGAAGUUGCACGGCCAGUCGACCGGCCCAUCUGUGGCCUCGCUGCAGGACGCCGAUACAGAAACCAGGCGUUCAAAGAUGAGCUGUCUCGUCGUCUGGAAGAACGAGGAGGUCCCAGUAACGGCGAUGACCCUGCUCUGAUGAAUCAGCUCAUAGAAAGCCUUCCAGCUCUUCCUGGCAGUGAGUUGGUCGAUCCAGCUGAUGAUCAGACACUGCCCCGACUGAUUGAGGUUCUGGAAAGGAGGCAUCGUGUCCGUCAGAUGAUGGCAGAACAGUUCAAUAAAACUGCCACUUCGCUAAAGUCAAUGCUUCAACAGUUUGACAGUCAGCACAAUGCAAAGGACACCUUCCUCCACGAACAACAAAGCAAACUGAACGAAAAAGACAAACUCAUCCUCAACCAGAGAUCAGAGAUAGAGCGAUUAGAGAAAAAGUCCAAAACGCUGGAAUAUAAGAUCGAUAUCCUGCAGAAGACAACGGACAUGUACGAGCAGGACAAGCGCUCCCUUCAGCAGGAGCUGGAGACCAGAGAGCAGAGGCUGCAGAGAGAGCUGUCGGAGAGGAGGCGCAUGGAGCAACGCAUGCAGGGGGUGGUGACAGACACCAGGCUGAAGUGGGAGAAGGAGUGUGAGAGGCGAGUGAACGCCAAGCAGCUGGAGAUGCAGAACAAGUUGUGGGUGAAGGAUGAGAAGUUGAAGCAGCUUAAAGCCAUAGUGACUGAGAGCAGCAGCAACAGCAGCGGUCCAGAGAAGCCAGAGAGGCCGUCCAGGGAGAGAGAUCGCAACGCUGCCCAGAAGAGGUCUGCUUCACCGUCACCACAUCCUGACUUCAGCCAAACUCCCUCCCACCAAAAUCGAGCCAGUGUUAGGGCAGUUCAGGACCCUCAACCCACCUCCACCCCCUCCUCCUCCUCCUCCUCCUCCUCUUCUUCAUCCUACCCUUCAGUAGCCUCCUGCAUCUCUGAUUGGGAGCAGAGGUUCCCUGUAGAAUUGAGCAGCCAGGCUAGACUCCCCGGGACUCCCCAGCACAGGAGCCGGACUCCCGCUCCGUACCACGGCACCAGCAGCGUGGGUCGCAGGAAAGGCCAGCGCUGGGCUCCAGGCACUGAGGCCCCGGCUGCCACGCUUGUCUAUGGGCUAGACCUAGAGGCAGGCACAAGGACGGCUCCUCCGGUUCAUCCACGGCACAGGCGCUCACAGUCUGCGGGUGGGGAGAAAUGGGUAGACCACAAACCGGCCUCUAAUUUGGACCUAGACACUGUCUUGCAGCCAAUCAUUCCCAAUGCAAUCAAGGUGUCGACCCCCAACGAGAAGGCUCUGUCUAAAUGCCACAAGUAUGUGCUUAGACAUCAAGAGCUUGCCUCGGACGGGGAGCUCGAAACCAAACUGAUCAAGGGAAAUGUUUUUAAAACCAGAGGCGGAGGACAAGCUGUGCAGUUUACCGACAUCGAGACACUAAAGCAAGAGUGUCCAACAGGACCGAGUCGCAAGAGGCGAUCAGGGUCAGCAGAAGGAGCAGCUCAGAUGGACGACAUCGAAAACAGAGUUCCAGUGUCAAGCACAAGUUAUCAAAAACGCAGAAAGCCUUAAGUGGCUGCUCGUAUGAAGGAUGUUUUUUUUUUCUCGUUAAAAAACAAGCAACAUGUUGACUGACUGUUAGAACAACCGAGAGAAACUAUGCAGCUUUUUGAGAUAUUUUGUACUAAAUUUGAUCAUUUUACAAAUCAUUAGGGUGCAAUUAUGCUUGAAUUGUAGCCAAACGGUGUAGAAUUUUCCUGUAAUAAUAUGCUGGAUCAGUGUUUUGUUUUUUUUUUCCUUUUUAAAUGCUGGAAUUAUUGCUUCAUAAAGACUUGUACAUGCUAAAUGAGCACAUGACUAUUCUUUGAUAAAUUUAAUGCUUUAUUACUUAUCUUUUCACUGCCUUGUAUUGCUACCCAAAGAUUAGAAUAUUUGUGCUUUAGAAUAGUGUUUGUCUUUGUCAUUGCAUGUUUUUAAGCGUCAUUCGUUUACCGGAUGUCAAACUGAACACAAACUACAGUUUAAGAAUCACAACGUGUAGAACUGCAACUGUAAAUAUUUAGCCGUUAUGCAGGUUUUUGCUGAAAUCAUCUGUCUACCUGUAAACAUGUAUUGUGAAGCUUUUUACUGUGGCUUAUUGAAACAACUCCUGACAUGCAGCACAUGCUUUUUGGUGGCAGUAAAUUUAUUCAAACACAAA